CCGGGAUCGUGCGGGAUCACAUUUCGUCUUUCUUAUUCUUUUUUCACAUAACGCGCUCUAGUGAAUGUGAUUCGAGAAAAUAUUUUUUUUUUAGUGAAUAUGGUGCUAUCAUGGAGGAUAUAUUUAACUAUAGGAAUAAGUACACAUAUCAUGACACUGAACCAGUGUCAUAAGAGCCCUGCGACAACAGUGAAAACAUAUGAAAAUGAUACAGUGGUUUUGCCAUCCUGCAGUCCAGAUGGCCAACUAUAUGAGAAUUCUGAAACAUCUUUAAGAGUGAUGUGGUGGCGAGAUGGAUUAUUGCUUGUUGAUAGUGAUGACACAAAUGUCGUGCCACCUGAACGAAUAAGAUUAUGGAGUAAUGGAAGCCUGGAGGUAUAUCGCGUUCAACAGAAAGAUACUGGCGAAUACAAGUGCAACGCUUCGCGCCCUGCUCCCUGGGGAAGCGUUAUUCAAAUACACGCCAUCGAAGUGAUGUAUCCCCCCAGCGUCCACCCUUUGCCUGAAUCCGGAGAACUUGAGAUCAAUUUGGGGGAAAUAGUCGAUAUCGCUUGUGUCGCAAAAGGCGUCCCCGCUCCAAUCAUGUUGUGGAAGUCUAAGGGUGAAGUAAUUCCUCUGCUGGACAAUCGAGAUCGGCUACGAUUUAAGGCUGAUAAUAUUAGUCAAACCGGACGUUAUACUUGUGUGGCUGACAAUGGCGUAGGAGAUCCAGCUUUUGCAACUAUAGACCUGAAAAUUCGAUAUAAGCCGAUAAUCGAAGCAAGGAAGACUUGGAUACAUGCAUCUCCAGGGAUUCGUGUUCAGCUUGAUUGCAGGGUCAGUGCUUGGCCCGAGGCGAAGGUUGAGUGGAAUUUUAAGGACAACAAAGUACCAAAUUCGCCAAGGAUAGUGAAACAGAAUAAUGAGAAUAUUUAUAGUUUAAUCAUAAGGCAAGUUGUCUCAAAAGAUUAUGGUCACUAUCACUGUAAUGCAACAAAUUCUCAAGGCUCUGCAGAAGCUGUUAUCGAAUUAUCAGCAGUAGCGAACCUGGCUGUUUUUAAAAAAGAAUCACAUCCAAUUUCUAAGACGGCUUACAAUUUCAUCUGGGAGGUGGAUAGUUACAGUUCAAUCAUCGAAUACCAAUUCUGGUUUCGCAGAUACAAGAAGGGUGAAGAAUGGGUUAAAUUGUUUAUCCCGAGCGGAAACGACGCUAUUGGCCCGCUACAUUCGCGAUCUUUUAACCUCACGGGUCUACAGGAAGGAACCUACUACGAAGCUUUGGUAUUAUCGAGAAAUCGUGACGGAUGGAGCAAACCAUCAAAACUUGCGAUAUUCACAACAGAAGAAUCACGUGCCAAUAAAGCUGACGAAUAUACCAGGAAUGACGCUCAAGAUGAAAAACUCAUUCCAGUUGUUCAAUUGGCAUCGAUGUCUCAACAAUCCUCAUUUGAUGCAACUCAGAGUGGGACAAAUUCCAAUCACGAAAAAAGUCUAUUAACACUAUUAGGAUUUUCCAUUCUAUUCAAUCAAUGGAUUAUUACCUGAAAAGAAGCAUAAGUCGUACAAAUGUAAAUGCUUAUUACCGAAAACUCAAAAAUUCUGAGAUGUUAUUGAGAAUCAGACUGAGUUUAUUAUUUAUUUAAAAUCGUAUUAUUCGAUUUUUAAACAAGAAAUUGACCAAAUACAUUUUAAAUCAGGCAGGUUUAAAAAACCCGAAUUUGGAUAUUUAAAUUUUUUCCGGAAUUUAUGAAAAUAUUGAAAGUCAAUUAUCUCAAAAAACUACACUUAUAUUUGUUACCAAUUUUUGUUGAAUUUUUACUUUCGUAAGGAAGACAUCUUAUGAAAUGUAUGCGAGCUCAAUAACUUUUGUGGCAGGAGAUUUUUUUCAUAAAAUCGCAUUUUCUCACUCUUAUAAAAAAUAACGACAGAUAAAAUAAAGUUUAAAUAAAAAUUCACACAUUUAAAAGAGUUCUGAAAUGUGUUUUUAACAAAACACAAAAGUCAAAUACGCAUAAGAUCGUAGAUUUUUUGCAAAUUAGAAAACUAAGUAUCACCUAAUUUCCUCUACAAAUGAUUUGAAAUAGAAUCGUUCAAUUUUUUGUUUAAAAUUUGUGACCGUUUCUACCAGUUCCAAUUUGUUUGCAAAUACUUAAAUUCAAAUGAUUAAACAAGUUCCAAGUUAAUUUUAAUGUCCGAUUUACAGAUUUUCCAAAAUAUUAAAAUGCAUCUCGCCUUUCAUAUUUUGGACAAUUUAUGAAAAAACAAAAAUUAUCCUUUGAGUACCGAGUCUUGUAUAUAAGGAAGUGUAUAAAAUUUCUUUGAUAUAUGCGUGAGAUCGUUACGUGCUAUAUGCUAAUAUUCGCCAGAGUUUGCGUUUCAAAGUUCAUUGAUCACAUCAAAGCUUUCGGGAACAACACGAACUGCACUGGCAAACAAGUGUAAUUGGACUAAUUGUUCGAAAUUAUACAGUUCGAAAAUGCAAUCCAUAUUCUAAGUUAAUUCUAGAAUUAUUAUAAUAUGAAGUUAACGCACAGCAUAUAAUUACUAAGAUUGUACAUAAAGAGUGAUCGAGUUUUGUAAAAUAUAUGAAUACUGAAAAUACUGAAUAAGGUUUAUUAAA